UAACGAUAAUAAAUUUACUAAAGCGAUUAGUAGUAAAACUAGUUUAAGUAGUACAACAAUGACAACAACAAUAAGUAAACAUGAUUUAUUAUGGCAACAACAGCAGCAGCAACGUCUUUCUCAACAAUUUAUUAAUAAUAGUUUAGAUAACGCAACAAUAACAACAUCAAUAAUCCCAAUAACAACAACAAAAGCAAAUCGUUUAGAUAGUAAUGUAACAAUAACAUCGAUAGUAACCACAGCGACUACAACUCUAACAACUAACAACACUAUACCUAUUGAUUCUUUAAAUAAUAAUAAUUUAGACGAUAUCGGUCUUAGUAUUAAUAAUAAUAACAUUAUCAACACCUCUAAUACGAUGAUAGCUGAUGCAACUGGUAUAUCAUCGCAAAAUCAACCGAAAUUGCAAAAAAAAAAAUCUUUGUUGAAUUUCAAAUCUUUGGAUUUUCACUUGAAAUCUUUGUAUACGGGUCUAAAGAAUGGAACCAGCAAUAUAACGCAGAAAAGCUCACAAUCGCAGUCAUCAACUUUAAAUUCCAGCAACACCAACGAUAGUCAUAUUAAUGUAAAUGAACAAGAUGGACGUACACCACAGCAUCAGCCGUUUAACCGUAUGCCGCCAUAUUUGAAAAUUGACAUUGUAGACAAUGAGGAGGCAGAAAAUUUAUUAAUCGAUUAUCCAAAAUCGCCCUAUUCAUCACGACGCAAUAGUUCACACGAUGAUCAUCGUUCCAGUUCUCAGCUAAUACAUCUGGCCGACUCGCAGCACCUACGACAGCCAUACGAUGUAACGCGUUCCCCGUCACCCUAUUUUCUGUCACCGCAUAUUUUCGAGCAGAAUAUAAGACGUUCCUCUACAUCGGAUAUAAUGACGGGUGGUGGUGGUGGUGGUGGUGGUGCUGGCAAACGUAGCCCAGCGUCAAGUGUUAAUGCCAGUCGGCGACCCAGCACUUCGGAUUUACUGCGUAGGGCACGUGAAAGACGUGGCAGUGAGCAACGCAUGGGACGCAGUGUUUCCCAUAGUGGUUUACCACGUGGUGGUGGUAUGGGCUAUCGUCCCGCCUCCAAUUUAGGCGGCCGACGCACUAGCAUGGCCUUUUAGAUUCACUUUUAUUAGAAAAUUUUUAAAAAUAUAAUUAAAACUUGGAAAAAAUAUCUCUCUUUUUAGAGCAUUAGAAAAAUA